UUGCUUUGAGUUGGAUUGAAAUAAAGCCUCACAUAAAUUAGAAAACCCUUUUGUGUUUCAUUAGAGGAUGAGAGUGGUAGAUUUAAUUAUACACACAUGAUUUGUAGGGGUGAAAAAACAAAAAUGCAUUUCGUUUCAAUUCUAACCAAAAUGGGACAUGCAAUUGGAGAUUGGUUCAACCCACACUAUCCAUUCUCAAUUCCAAUUUCAUUCAUAACAACUACAUUUUGAUACACAAUACAAACAAAUAUACAUCUACCUCAAAUUCUGGCUAUUAACACCCCUAUAAUAUAAUCUCCUUCCCCUUUCAAAUCUUAAUUUUCACUCCAAAUAUUUCUUAAUUACAUUAUUUAGAGUUUUUUUUUUUAAUGUUGAAGUCGAAUGGGCUUAAAUCCUAACAAUUACCUAAUGUAAUGCCUCGUGUCGUUAAGGUUGAAUCUGUUGUUAUGUUGGAAACUGUACAAGAAAUUGGUAUAUAUGUUCAUAGAUUUCACAAUCUUGAUCUAUUUAAACAGGGAUGGUAUCGGAUUAAGAUUACAGUAAGAUGGGAAGAUAGUGAAAAUAAUUCAUUGGGUAUCCCAACUAGAGUUGUUCAAUAUGAAGCUCCUGAUCUAGAUCAAAGUAAUUUUUAUGGAGUAUGGAAGAUUGAUGACACAGAAAAUAGUUUCUCAACACCGACCUUUCGUAUAAAAUAUGCUAAACAAGAUGUUCAUUUAUGUAUGAUGAUCUCAUUCAAUUUAUCACGUAGUAGAUCUAUGGAUUUAACUACAAAUGGUGUUAUUUUAAAAUUUGAGCUUAUUUAUGCUCCAAUACUUGAGGAUGGGGCUGACAUGCAAUCUUCAUUGGAUGCUUCCCCUGUUGCUAUUCAUGAAUUUCGAAUUACUCCUAAAGCUUUGUUAGGGUUGCAUUCAUAUUGUCCUAUCCACUUUGAUGAUUUACAUGCAGUACUUGUUGAUGUAAGUGUACAUGUUAGUAUAUUGAAAGCUGCCUCUUUCUCAUCUGCAUCGAAGGACUUUAGUGGUGUUGCUUCUCAAGAUGUACAAGAUAUCAUGAUAGUCAAAGCAUUAUUAACUUCUCGUGAUCUAUUGUUGGAAGAACUAUACAGAAUUAGUGAAGCAGUUAAUGAAGUUAUAGAUACUUCAGAAUUAGUGUCAAAAAUGAAUAACACGGACUUGAUAAAUUUUGUGGUGCAAGCAAAUGAGUUUGCAAUAGAUGGUGAAGUUAUAGGACAAGGCAAGACACAAAAUGGUGUUGAGGGAGGAAAUGAUGCACAAAAUGUUGAAAAGCUCCAUUCCCUGUCUCAGAAUGAACUGUUGGACUGUUUUAAUUCAUUAGGAGAUCAAUUAUAUUAUUUAUGGAAGAUAUUUUUAAAACUUCAUAGGGAGAAUAAGAAAGAGAUACUAGAAUUUUUACGCGAUGCAUGGGCUAAGGAUCGAAAAGCUGAAUGGUCAAUAUGGAUGAUGUACGCGAAGAAAGAGAUGCCUCAUCAUUAUAUAAAUAGUGGGAAUGAUGAGUCUUCUCAUCGUGGAAUGCACAAAAGAGUCUCCAGUUUGUGGAAGUUACCUGACGAGCCUCUUGAGACUGCAAUUUCAUGUGCUGAUCUUCAUCGGAGGAGCAUCGCGCAAAUGCGGAUUAACAAUCGUUCAAUUCAAGAUAUGCAGAUAUUUGGAGAUCCUUUGCGUGUACCAGUUGUGCUGGUUGAAAGGGUGAUGAAUGUACCGCGGCGUAGUAACAGUGAAAUCUCAUUCAUGGGACAUGUUGGACUUGUAGGUUCACGUAUAACAAAUGGGCUCACUAAUGAUACAUUAAGCAAGAAAUCUGCACCACAAAGUAAUGUUCGUGUGUUGAAGAUUGUUGUCUUUGUGCAUGGGUUUCAGGGACAUCAUUUGGAUCUAAGACUCGUUCGGAAUCAAUGGAUUUUGAUAGAUCCCAAAGUAGAAUUUCUCAUGUCAGAGACUAAUGAAGAUAAAACAACUGGAGACUUCAGAGAAAUGGGACAUAGACUAGCUCAAGAAGUUAUUUCUUUUAUUAAAAUCAAAAUGGACAAAAUAUCCAAAUAUGGGAAAUUGGAAGAUAUUAAGCUAAGUUUUGUUGGACAUUCUAUGGGUAAUCUCAUUAUAAGAACAGCCAUAGCAGAUAGCAUAAUGGAGCCAUAUCUCAGGCACUUACAAACAUAUGUUUCAGUAUCUGGUCCACACUUGGGGUAUCUUUAUAGUUCAAAUUCAUUAUUUAAUUCUGGAAUGUGGUUUUUGAAGAAGCUAAAAGGCACACAAUGCCUUCAUCAACUCACCUGCACAGAUGAUCCAGAUUUGCAAAACACAUUCUUAUAUAAACUCUGUAAGCAGAAGACCUUGGAACAUUUUAGGAAUAUUAUCUUGAUAUCUUCCCCACAGGAUGGUUAUGUGCCUUACCAUUCUGCUAGAAUUGAAUCAUGCCAUGCUGCUUCACAUGACACUUCAAAGAAGGGUAAAAUGUUUCUAGAGAUGUUGAAUGCUUGUUUGGAUCAAAUACGUGCAAAUCCUUCUGAACGUAGAGUAUUCAUGAGAUGUGAUGUCAGCUUUGAUGCCUCUUCCCAUGGCAAGAAUUUGAACUCAUUCAUCGGUCGAGCUGCACAUAUUGAAUUUCUUGACUCUGACAUUUAUGCGAGGUUCAUAAUGUGGUCUUUCCCAGAUCUAUUUCAAUAGCAUUAACGGUCAAUUUACAACUGACGAUAUUUGAAUUUGGCAUCUUGAAGUUACACAACUUAACUUUUACCACUGAAUUAACAACCCAAAUAUAUUACAUGUGCUCUCAUUCGUCCUACACAUAAUAUAAGAAUUUUGGGUUCAUGGACUUGAUCUUUUGAUGCAAGAUUCUCUACAAGUCACCUGAUUAUACUCUCUUC